GAGAACAACCAGAUUUCUAAGAUUGAGAGUGUUUCUCCAAAGAACACUUUCUCUGGGAAUGACGGUGUCUCUGUGGUAGUUUUCCUACAUGAGAGUGAUAGUGUCUCUGAGACGUUUUUUUGCUCUGAGACUGACACCUCCUCUCCGACAAACCGUGUCUCUGUGAUGGACACUUUCUCUGAGAUUGACUCUGUCACUCAGAUUGAGGGUGUUGCUCCAGUGGACACUCUCUCUGAGACUGAUGAUGUCUCUCCAACUGAUGGUGUUCCUCCAAUGGACACCUUUCAUGAAACUGACGCUGUCUCUCAGAUUGAUGGUGUGCCUUCAACGGACACUGUCUCUGAGAUUGACGCAGUCUCUCAGAUUGACAGAGUUCCUGUGUUGGACACUUUUUCUGAGACCGAGGCUGACAAUGUCUCUCAGAUUGAUAGAGUUCCUAGUAUGGACACUUUCUCUGAGAUUGACUCUGUCACACAUUACAACCAAUACCCACCCAACACAAGUAAGAUGUACUUUUACUUUGAAUACCCCAAGAAGAAGGCCGACCCUGCAAACACAAGAAGACUGAUUCAGCGUUUCUCUGAAUAUCAAGGACUUGCAGUUGUUCUUGAUGAGGAAGAAGAUGCUAUAUUCAGAGCGAGUCCAGCUUUCAAAGUGCCCAAGACUGCCUCUGAGACUAACCAGAUUCCUCAGAUUGAGAGCGUUUCUGCAAAAGACACUUUCUCUGAGAUUGAAGUUGACUCUCAGAUUGACAGAGUUCCUGUGUUGGACACUUUCUCUGAAACUGACAACAUCUCUCCGGCUUGCUCUGCUUCAGAGGACUCCAGCAGCCUAACAGGAGAGAUAAAGCAUACAGAAGAUACUGACUUCAACAUCUUGUUAGCCACUGACUCCUACAAGGUUACACAUUACAACCAAUAUCCGCCCAACACUACUAAGACGUACUCUUACUUUGAGUGCCGUGAGAAGAAGGCCAAGCCCAACAAACCCAGGAAAAUCAGAUAUGACACAACGGUCUUCUAUGGGCUUCAGUAUGUUCUCCACAAGUACUUUAAAGGACAGGUCGUCACACUGGAGAAGAUUCAGGAAGCAAAGGAAGUGUACCGGGAACACUUUCGUGGUGACAUGUUCAAUGAGAAAGGAUGGAAUUACAUUCUGGAGAAGUACAACGGCCAUCUGCCCAUCGAGAUCAAGGCUGUGCCAGAGGGAAGUGUAAUCCCACGUGGAAAUGUGCUGUUCACUGUGGAAAACACAGAUGAUGAGUGCUACUGGCUGACUAACUGGAUAGAGACGAUUCUUCUGCAGAUCUGGUAUCCUAUCACUGUCGCGACCAACUCGCGAGAGCAAAAGAAGAUUCUGGCCAAAUAUUUGAUGGAAACCUCUGGAAGCCUGGAUGGGCUUGAAUAUAAGCUGCACGAUUUCGGCUACAGAGGAGUUUCAUCUCAAGAAACAGCUGGAAUUGGUGGAUCUGCACACUUAGUGAACUUCAGAGGAACAGACACCGUGGCUGGGAUCAGCCUCAUCAAGAAAUAUUACGGCACUAAAGAGCCAGUUGCUGGUUUCUCGGUGCCAGCCGCAGAGCACAGCACGAUCACAGCCUGGGGAAAGGACCACGAGAAGGACGCUUUCGAACACAUAGUCAAGAUGUUCCCAUCCGUCCCUGUAUCUGUAGUCAGUGACAGCUACGACAUCUACAACGCUUGCGAGAAAAUCUGGGGCGAAGAACUGAGGACGCUGGUGGAGAUGCGUAGUGCAGACGCCCCGCUGGUGGUCCGACCCGAUUCAGGAGACCCUCUAGAAACAGUUCUGAAGGUGCUCGAGAUCCUUGGAGAUAAGUUCCCUCCGCUCGAGAACUCCAAAGGCUAUAAGGUGCUGCCCCCCUACAUCAGAGUCAUCCAAGGGGAUGGCAUCGACAUCGACUCUUUACAGGACAUAUUGGAGGGCAUAAAAAAGCACGGAUGGAGCAUUGAGAACAUCGGCUUUGGUUCAGGAGGAGCUUUGCUGCAGAAACUGAACCGAGAUCUGCUCAGCUGCUGCUAUAAGUGCAGUUAUGCGGUGACGAACGGGGUGCCCAUAAACGUCUUUAAAGACCCCAUUGCAGACCCGACUAAAAAGUCAAAGAAAGGCCGGCUUUCCCUUCACAGGACACCCAGCGGAGGUCUGGUGACACUGGAAGAGGGAAGCAGCAGUCUGGAGGAGUAUGGAGAGGACUUGCUCCAGACUGUGUUUAGGAAUGGGAAGAUCAUAAAGACGUACACCUUCGAUGAGGUCAGAGAAAAUGCAGAGCUGAAGGAGAGUGAAUUGUGUCCCUCUGAGCAGUUACCAUCAUCCCCUUCUUCACCACAUUGCUCACAGACCUGAGCACACACACAACAUGCAGAAACAGGAACAUAACAACGUAAGGCCAUGAAAAACAGGACUCCACCGUUCCCAACCCUCUCCAACAUCCAGACUGCAGCUCUGCCUUUAGGUUUGUCCAGAGGAGAACUGGUCCCCCGACCGAGCCUGGUUUCUCCCAAGGUUUUUUCUCCACCUAAAUUGGGGGAGUUUGGUUCCUUGCCACUGUCGCCUCUGGCUUGCUUGGUUGGGGCUGGCAGAGCUGCACUUCGGUGGACUGGCCUUCAACAGUGACAUUUGUAUUAAAUAACAAUAUUAGCUAAAAAAUAAGUGUUUAGUAGAUAGAAAUGGACACACCAAGAGCCACACACACACACCAGUGUUUCCUCUUUCUCAAGUAAAUCCUGAGUGACAAAUCCCGGUUAAAAAAAACAAGCAGAUCAGAACAAAAUACAGCUGCUAUGUUGCACACAGGAUCAUUAAUAUGCACGCCCCAGACUGUAUUUGAUUGACCACAAUUCCUAGUGAGUUUACUGUUACAAACUCUAUUUUAAAAGUGCAUAUUUGGGGAGGGGUUAGGUAACAAAAAGGACACACAAAAAUCCUAUUCUCUAUUGAUUUAGAGCAGGGCUCCCCAAACUCGGUCCCAGAGACUCAGUCUCAACAGACCUACCUGGAAACUUCUAGUGUGACCAAGAAGAGCUUGAUUAGCUGGGUCAGUAGUGUCUAAUUGGGGUUGGAGCUAAACUCCAGGAUACCGGCCCUCCAGGACAGAGUUUGGGCACCUCUGAUUUAGAGGCAAAAAUCAUGUCCAAAAAAAACUACAACAGAAAGAAUAAAUAAGUUAAUUGAAUUAAUCAAAUAAACAAAGAGAUGAACAGACAGCAACAUGGCUCUUCAGCUGCGACUGGACAAGACAAACACAGAACCUUCAAUCUCAAGCCUUCGUCAAGAACACAGAAUACAGCAGAGCAUAACCGAAGAUUCAAUAAUACACACACUGGGAAAUUCCAAGUGAUACUCCUGUCAAAAUACACACACUAAAUAUUUCCCAAGCGACAGAACUUACUGUAUCAAGUGAAUCUGCACAGACCCCCUCCCCCUACAGAAUGGCUAAUAAAACUCACGAUUGGCCAUUUUCAGAUUAACUGGAAGCGUAGCAUUGCACUUUUCCUCAUUCAUAGUUUUCUGGAAGAAAGAACUGAGGAGUCAGAGUGGAACACGGGUGAUGUGAUACAGACCAUGCAGAAGUGUUAAACAGA